AUGUUUGUGUUUGAAGGUGCUGCGAGUGGAGCGCUGGCGUUGCUGGACGUGGCCACGAAGCUGCAAGUGCCAGUCGACGAGUACGUUGUGGUGGCAGGACGCGUGCCGAGCGGUCGACAGCUCACGUGUCUGGGUGGACGGGCCAAGCGUGACGGCAAGCGGCGACUGCUGGUCGUGCCAUUGGCGCACGCUCGCGAAGCGGAGGCAGCUCGAAACGCCCGUGUGCAGGUGCUGGACGUGGGAGGCGCUGCGGUGCAGCUCUUGCACGGGGUGCGAGCGUGCUUCCCCACGCUCGUGCGGAAGGAUCUGAUGGCGGACGUCGACAGCGACUCGGACGAGGAAGAAGACGCAGCGCGGACGAACAAGCACGAGGACGGAGCAAAGACUGCUGGCUCAGGAGCUGCAACGGAUCCGCCGUCGACCGCAGACGCUCUCGCGUACUUGGACGACCUCAACGUCCAGACGUUUGCGACUCUUGACGAGCUCUUGCGCGCGUAUGGCAUUGCCGACGCCGUCGACGUGCACGCGGCGCUGCAGAGCGAUCCGUCCGUGUCCGAGCACGACCAGUUGUUAUGCAUCGAGUGUCCGCCGGUCAGCGCCGCCGCCGCCGCCGAUGCCGCUCAGGUCGGCCCCCUGCGCUCGUCAUCUGCAGGUCGAUCCCCCGGCCCCGUCGACUUUGGUGUGCUAUUUCUCUCGGACCUGGCGCCACGCGAGUGCGCUAAGCAGUUUCUGCACAUCCCAGUGCCCCGUUCGCUUCGACGACCGGCGUCCGCAGCGGCUGCCCGCGCGCUCGACAGCUUUCAGGACGCGACCGUGUUGACGUUCGGUACCAAGCGCGAGGAGACUGUCCACGGCGGUGGUAAGACGUGCGACGAGAUGGUCACGAACAUUCGGCUACGGCACGCGUCCGGCACGUUCUGCACACUUGUGGACCCGACCACAACGUGGGCGCAAGUGGCACAGGCGCUUCAGUCGGUGCUGCCACAGGUACGCGAGCUCGACGGCGAGCUGCGUCUCCGUCGCUUGGUGGGUCCAACGCCAUGUGGCGUCGCCGUCAAAGUGCGGCUCGAGAGCUAG